AUGAAAAUCCAAUCGGAAUAUAUAGCUGAUCGAAGUUUAGGAGCAGAUAAACAUGUUUUUAGCGUUUUAGGACCUCAUUUAGGACAUUAUUAUGGUGAUAUUAUUGUUGUCUUCAAAAAAGAAAUAAUGUUUCAUCCUGAUGCCAAUUUUUCCAUUCAAGCUGGAACUAGUUUUGGCCCUAGCGGAAAUGCUUACAAACAUCGUCCGUGGUUGAAAGAUCCAGGUAAUGCAGACAAACGUGUUACAAACUUUCAUAAUUCGAAAUUACAUUGUUCUAUUCCUCGUUAUGAAUAUGCCGCAGCUACAGAAUUAAUGGCUUUAACUGGUAAAAAUAAACAAUCAAUGGAUGUUACUCUUACGGAUAUUGCUGAUCGAUAG